AUGAACUCUGAAUAUAAGAAACCCCUCGAGAAAGCGGAGCUGGACCUAGUGAGUUCUUUUUUACUCGCUCAGCGCAAGACCAAUGAACAAUUACAACAAGAAUUCAGGGAUCUAGUUACAGCUUUGGCACCUGGUGGUGUCUUACAUCUCAAAGAGCUUACUACCCUCACACCGCAGUCCUACGUCGAGAUUCCGUUACGUACUACUCAAGAACUGGUUAGUGAUCUUAAAAUGGCAGGAUUUGUCGACUUGGAAAUCCAAGAGACAAAAAAAGUCGAAAUGCCUGAAUUGGAAAAGAUCAUGGAGAAUAUAUUGAGUACUCACAAUAUUUAUGAUCAAGCUAAACGACAAGAACUAGUCAAAGUAUUGAAUGGUCAGCUAAAUGUAGUAGAGCUAGUUGCGAAAAAACCAACUUAUGAAGUCGGUGCUACCUUUGCAUUGCCUUUUGCUAAUAAGGCUUCUAAAGUAAACAAAACAGCUAUAUGGACACUUUCUGGUAACGAUGAUGAAUUAGAAAAUGAAGACGAAUUGUUAGAAGAAGAAGAUUUGGUCAAGCCUGAUAAAAGUACAUUAAUCCGUCCCGAUUGUGAAACUGAUGGCAAACGAAAGGCUUGCAAAAGUUGUUCAUGUGGUCUUGCGGAAGAGUUGGAAAAAGAAAAACAGCUUGCCGCACAACAAUCUCAACAAUUCAAGUCAUCUUGUGGAAGUUGCUAUCUUGGUGAUGCCUUCCGUUGUGCGACUUGCCCAUAUCUUGGCAUGCCAGCAUUUGCACCUGGGGAAAAGGUUGUGUUAGCGGGAAAUAUGAUGCAGGACGACAUAUAA